AUGCCGAGAACCCUGGCGUCCAUCCUGGCUCCAGCAGCUUCCUCCCUCUCACCUCCACUUCUACCUUCCUCCAGUGUUUUGCUGAUUUCGCCGCAUCGAGCAGCUCCAAACCCUAAUUCAUCCUCCUCCUGA